CCAGCUCCGGAUCCCCAGCCCAGCCCUGCGCGAGCCGCUCCUGGUCAGCGGUGGGAGUGCCGUCCUUACCCACGACCGCGGUGGACCUGAGGGUCCUGGCUUCCCGGUGCCUCCAACUUGGCUGGCGCAGCCGCCUCUGUGGGUGUUUGGUAGCAGACCAGGCUAGGGUCCGGGCCAGCUCCUCAGAGCUGAAGCGCUGCAGCAUGGCGCGCGGCUGCCUGCAGGGCGUCAAGUACCUCAUGUUCGCCUUCAACCUGCUCUUCUGGCUGGGAGGCUGUGGCGUCCUGGGCGUCGGCAUCUGGCUAGCUGCCACGCAGGGGAACUUUGCCACCCUGUCGUCCUCCUUUCCGUCCCUGUCGGCUGCCAACCUGCUCAUCGUCACAGGCACGUUCGUCAUGGCCAUCGGCUUCGUGGGCUGCAUCGGGGCCCUCAAGGAGAACAAGUGCCUGCUGCUCACUUUCUUUGUGCUGCUACUGCUGGUGCUCCUGCUGGAGGCCACCAUCGCCGUACUCUUCUUCGCCUAUACUGACAAGAUUGACAGGUAUGCCCAGGAAGACCUGAAGAAGGGCCUGCACCUGUAUGGCACGCCAGGCAACGUGGGGCUCACCAAUGCCUGGAGCAUCAUCCAGACCGACUUCCGUUGCUGUGGCGUGUCCAACUACACCGAUUGGUUCGAGGUGUACAACGCCACGCGUGUGCCUGACUCCUGCUGUCUGGAGUUCAGUGACAGCUGUGGGCUGCAUGCGCCUGGUACCUGGUGGAAGGCGCCCUGUUACGAGACAGUGAAGGCCUGGCUGCAGGAGAACCUGCUGGCUGUGGGCGUCUUCGGGCUGUGUACAGCACUGGUGCAGAUUCUGGGCCUGACCUUUGCCAUGACCAUGUACUGCCAGGUGGUGAAGGCAGACACCUACUGCGCCUAGGCCACGAGACGCCCUGCUUCUCUGCCAAAGGACACCACCCAGCGGGGAGAUAGCCCAGCCACGCCGCCACUCCCAGCUGGGACUUGUGCUCUGCUGGGCGGGGCAGGUGCUGGUGCCUCAGUGCAGGCAGCUGUGGAGUCUCAGGACGAGAUGGAGCGGUUGGGAGGAUGGAAGAGCUCUGAUGUGUUUUGUACCCACGGAUCCUCCAGUGUGGGGACGCAGGGCCAGUCUUGCCUGAGCCCCACUGCUCCUGGUGCUCCGGGGCCGGGCCCCGUCAUCACAUUCCACGCGGAGCUGCAGCUCCAGGUGCAUUGAAUAAAGUGCGUGAGCAGCACUGACUGGCUGCUGUGCGC